AUGUCCGAAACGCAGAAUCCAGAAUCACCUAAAAAGAGAGCACCGAGAAGAAGAAAGCGAAAUAAUGAGAGCUACAAUACGUAUAUUUUUCGAGUUCAUCCGAGCACGGGGAUCUCCAAGAAAGCGAUGAUGAUUAUGAACUCGUUCGUCAAUGAUACGUUCGAAAAAAUUGUUUCGGAAGCAGCGAAAUUGUGCAAGUACUCGAACAGAGGAACGCUUUCGAGCCGAGAAAUUCAAACUGCGAUCCGGCUGGUCCUGCCUGGCGAGCUAGCUAAGCAUGCCGUGUUGGAACUUGAACGCGACAAGAUCAGAGAAAUCACUGGUAAAGACUUUUCUGGGUCGACUUUGACGAAAGGAGUCGACGUUGAAGCUCUGGCGGGAGAUCGUGAGCGGAUCGAAGGACUGCGAACAGCGAUCAAAGAAAGGAUUCGGGAGCUUGAACUGGCCAGGGAUGAUAUCUCGAGGGCUCGGGAAAUGCGGAAAAAAGAAGAGGAAAAUCGUGAAAAACUCGAGUUGACGAUUCGAAAGAUGAUGGAAACUAACGCGUUGAAUUAUAAAAAACGAAUGAAGUGCAAAAUUCCGGUUAAGAAGGAAAUGCCUGGAGGAAAAAAAAAUAACCGCAAGUCGAGUCAGCGUUGGACUGAAAACAAGCCGAAGAAUGCGGUUACUGAAAGAGCCUCUCAAACUAGUGAUAGAAGUCAACGGAAAGAGAGGCGAUCUUCUGAGUCCGAGGGCUUGUCGUAUGAGAGAGCACUACAGCCAAUGAUGGUGUAUCCACCUGUGAUGAUUCCGUAUUAUGGAGUACCAACUUACCCACCCUGGCCAUGUCCACCUCCUGUUGAGCGACUAACGAAGGCGACUACAACUGUAGAGAUCCCCAAGGAAGAGGGAGCACAAGUCGGCCUCGCUCGAGGAGAAAUGACAGAGUCCGAGAGUGUUCCGAGCAGUACACCGGUUGGCUACGAAGAGGCGGUCAGGCGAGCUGAUGAUGGCCCUGUGUUGAGGAAUGGCUGCGAAUGCAUGUAA